AUGGACGCUAAAUGCGUCCACCCACGCUUGACGCUGCCAACGGAGAUGCCCCAGUCCGACAUGGGGUGGUCUUGCGCGAAGCUCACUGAUGAGCGGGCGACGUUGGUGCUGGAGCAAAUGAUCACCGACCUGAAGCCGGGCAACACGAAGGCGGCAAAGGACGGGGCACAGGUCGUGGCCGCCAGGCCAACCUUUGAUAGACGCGGGCUGGUGUCGCCGGCGCCCACCGAGGCUCUUGCGGCGCCGACGCUGGUGGAGCUGUCUUCUGACGACGACGAGGCCGGUGCCCGCCAGGAGAAGGAGGAGCCGCCUGCGGUCCCGACGAGGGGCAGGUCGGCGUUGAUCUCCCGAGAUGCUGCUCCUGCUUUGACGCCGCCUGGGGCUGCCUCCGGUCCCUCCGCCGCCCCAUCUUCUGUUCCUGGAGCCCGCGCGCCCGCGCCUCAAGCCUCGAGGCUCUCGGGCUUCAAGCUCACCAACCGGAGGGUGGACUACGCCGCGGUGGAUCGGCCGACGCCUGUGACGAAGAAGAGGAAGGAGGGGGCGGUGGUGCCGCUCGAGACCAACCCACCUACUCCGUUGGCUUCUCCCUCCGUGGAGAAGGGCGGAAUUGGCGCUCAUGUCUCUCCGGCCCGGUUGUCCUCGCAAGGCAUGGGGGAGAACCCUCGGGAGGAGUCAGCCCCCAUGGCCUCGCUGGCUCCGGAGGCACCGGCGUCCGACUCGGCUGCUGAAGCCUCCGAGGCUCAGGAGCCCCCAGCUUCCCAGGCUAUGGCACCGAGUCAGGCCGUGGCGACCUCUGAGAAGGAGAAGCAGGCCGCCGCCCAGGCAGCGGCCACUCGCGAGGCGGCGCUGACGGACGUCGAGGCCGCCAAGAGUCGCUGCCAGGCGCUGGAGGCCGAGCUGAAGACCCUGCGCAACGAAAGCGCAGAGGAAGCCCGUGGCCGUCAGGCGGAGGAGGAGAAGAUGAAGGCCCGGGAGGACGCCGUCAAGGGUCGCGAUGCCGAGCCGGAGCAGUCAGCAAAGGCGCAGGCCGUUGAGCGCGGCCGACUGGAGGAGCUGGAACGGAAGGUGAAGGCGGAGGAAGCCGAACUUGACGCGAAGGCGAAGGUUCUGGCCGAGGACCGCGUGGCCUUCGCGCUCCUCGAGGAGAGGCAACCUGCGCUGAACGAAUCUCCCGAGGUUAUCGCGUGA